AUGAAGCUAAGUAGCAGCUACGAGUGGACAUUGAAUUACCAGGCAGGCCGGGUGGAAACAAAAUGGUCUGAAAGGCGACGUGGACCGCCUCCGCUCAGAGGUCUCCCUUGGUCAAGACUGCACAUUUGUCCUCUGGUCGCUGAUCCUGAAGCAGGGGGUACGGACGCCUGGAUCUGGCUGAUAAACGGUAUCGGUUAUGCCAUGGUACGCGAAUUCAUACUGGAGACUGAACUUAGGAACCAGCAAGGACUGGUAUGGGGUGUCCUCGACAUUCCGCCGAACCUGCCCUCAGGCAGUCCGUUGUGUGGAACUGCCGUAAGUCAAGAUUCAACGGUGAAAGAAAUCUUAAGGGUUAUUUACAGCCACAUUCAGCGAGUCCAAGUAUGGCGUUUCCAUGCUCAUUCGCUCGAUUGA